AUGGACUUGGAAACCUACAUUUCUCGAUACAGCGGAGAAACGCGACUACAAAGACUCCUUCUAAUUGCUCAGCAGAGCCCCGAUGAAGCUGUCGCUACUCAAGCCUUUGAGAUGGCCGAAGCCCAAAUGAAGGAAGAAGGAAACCUGCGGCAAUACAAGAAAGUCUUUGGACUUUCCACAGUUACCGCUACUUCUACCGGUGAAACAAGUGGUGACAUGGCUAUGCAAUUUGUCGGCGAGUCCAAAUCUUCCGAAGGCAACCUCCGCCGCCCACCUCCUUCUUCCUUUCAACCAGACGAGUCUUGGAUGGCUUCCACAGAAGCCGCCAACAAGGAAGCCCGUCACGUCUUGCAGGGCCGUUUGUCUGCGUCACAAAGUCAAAUGCACCGCGAGGCCAUUCGCAACGCCUAUGUGGCUUUGGCCAAGCACGAUGCCAAGACUGGAAAUGCCUCGGCUGCUUUGGCCUCUUUAUUUCGGGCCAUGGAUUAUUGCACCAGCCGCACACAGUCUGGACAAUUGAGUUUGGUACUACUAGAAGUGGCCUUGAAUGCGGGCUGUUACGUACAAGCUCGUGAAUAUGUCACAAAGUUGGAACACACCUUGCAAGGAAACCCCGCUGGGGCCACUUCCAGCGAAGGAACUGAAAUUUUGCAAGAUGUGUCCAUCAAGUUGCAAAUUGCCUCUGGAUUGGAACGCAUGGCCCAAGGGGAUUAUGCUACGGCUGCUGUGACCUUUUCGAAUUUGUGCAAGGCCCAUGGUGGCGCCACUGCGAAAUUAGAUUGGCCCACUGUGGCAAGUGCGGAUGAUAUUGCCAUGUAUGCGGCUUUGCUCAGUCUCGCCACCCAAGGCCGCUCCGAGAUUCUUUGGCUGGCCGAACACCCCGAAGCUUUGGAGUUGGUUCCCGCCAUGAGGGAACUACUCUCGCAGUGGGCCAAGGCGAAUUACGUCAAGACCAUUCAAGCCUUUAGCCAAGAGGGUGCAAUUAUGGAAUUUCCUGACGUGUACUUUUCUACCGUUGACAAGUGGGAGAAAUUGAGCCAAUCGAUUCGGGAAAAGUGUUUGUUGGAGUACCUGAAACCGUACCAGUGCGUCCAGCUUGAACACAUGGCCAAGCUCUUUCCGUCUAUUGCGAAUGUUCAAGAUACUCUGGUGGAUUUGAUGGGACGUGGUUUGCUAGAAGGGGCCAAGAUUGAUGGUCGGGCUAAUGUCUUGCGCAAAACUCAAGGGGCAAAUAAAAACCCAGCGCAUUCCACUUUGAAGGACUUGGGUCAAAUGGAAGACCGAAUUUUGGAUGAUGCUCACGCCAUGUUGAUUCGAUUGGCUUGUUUGGAGCAAGAUUUGUGCGUGUCGGAUGGUUUGUAUGAUGGAUCUAGACGACGCACGGCGGCGACAUAUGGUAGAGAUCACAUGGUAGAGGAUGACGAUGACAGUAGUGAUGAAGAUACACCCAUGAUGGAUGCGGAUUUGCAGGCGGCUGCAGCACAAAAUCCUGAAGAUUUGUAUUGA